AAGGCCUCUCUCUACAAAGCAUCAGCUACCAUAGCCGUGGUGGUAGCAUCGAUCUCUCUACAAUGGCGGGGAGGAGCAGGGGGAUCGGGGACACCGGCCACGCCACCCGGGUGGCCGUGGUUCGGUGCAUCGUCGUCGCGAUAAUCGCCACCAUCGUCCUCGCCGGCCUCGUCGCGCUCGUCUUCUGGCUCGUCGUCCGCCCCAAGCCCAUCGAGUACAUCAUCACCCGCGCCGUCGUGCGCCACUUCAACGUCACGCCGCCUGGCGCCGGCUCCGCCGGCGGCGGCGGCGGUGGCACCGUCAACGCCACCUUCUACCUCAUCCUCGCCGUCGACAACCCGAACCGCCGCGUGUCCAUGCGCUACGACCGCGUGGAGCUCCGCGUGCUCUACGGCGAGAACGGCACGCAGCUGGCGACCGCGGAGCUGCCGGCGUUCCACCAGCCCCGCCGCAACGAGACGCUGCUGCAGGCGCGCGCCGUGGCGCGGUCGACGCCGGUCCCGGACCAGGCCGCGCGGGAGCUGGAGCACGACCUCGCCGCCGGCGAGCUUGUCAGCGUGGAGGUCCGCGUGGUCGCGGACGUCCGGUUCAUCGUCAGCGGCGUCAUCUCCAGGUACUACCGCGUCCGCGGGACCUGCUCGCCGGUGAACAUCGGCCUGUCGCCGUCGGCGGCGCGGUCCUUCGAGAGCGUGCCGUGCGACGUCGAGAUCUGGUGAUGCAACCAUGCAUGUGUCGGUGUCCGACCAAAAGUUUGUUUGAUUGUAAUUUGUAUUGGAUUUGUUUAAUUUACGGCACACAUACAUUCUAAUUUACUGGGUACUUGCGUGGUUGUAAAUUUAGCUCUAGGAGUGGCCUUUUUUUUUUCUUCGUCGGCAUUGUAUAGUGAUGUGAUUUUGCAUGGUUGAUACACAUGCUGCGAGUGAUGUCGACAGAUGGGGAGAUACAGGGGGAAAAGGGGUGU